AUGGGUAAAAAGUCAAAGUCUUCGUCCAAGUCGGACUCCAAGGCGGACACCAAGGCACCCGCCGCUGGACUUCCCUUUCUCAGCACCAACUCUGGCCUUGACCCGAGUCUGUCCUCACUUUUCGAGAAGAGUGCCGGACCCGUGCAGCCAUCUACCCAGAAAUACGUCGAUCGGUAUACAGCCAAGAAGGCCGAAGAGGCCUCGGAAGAGUCUCCUGAGGACGAAGAUGAGGUAAUGGGUGAUGCUCCCGAGGAGAGCAGCGAAUCCGAGCCCGUGGAGGAGAAGACGUCCGACGUACAGAACCGCAAGCGCAAGAGAGGCGAUGCCGGAGAUGAUAUCGAAGCGACCUACAUGCGUAAAAUUGAGAAGGAGGAGCAAAAAGAAGAAGAGAAGAGAAAGGCCGAGCGCGCGGAGCGUCAAAAGCCCACCAAGGAAGACGAAGCCAGCGAGGGUUCCGAUAAGGAGGAGGCAGAAGACAGCGACGAGGAGGAGGACGUCCCUCCCCCCGUUCAUGAAAGUGUCGCCGGAGGUGCCAAGUCCGCCGAGGUUGAGAAGUCCAGCCGAACUGUUUUUCUGGGCAACGUUUCUACUGAGGCUAUCAAGUCCAAGGCCGGCAAGAAAACUCUUCUCCGUCACCUAGCCUCCUUCUGCUCGUCUCUGCCCGAAGCGACUGGCCCGCACAAGGUUGAGUCAAUUCGUUUCCGCUCUACUGCAUUCGCCAGCGGUGGUAGUGUUCCCAAGCGCGCUUCGUUUGCCAAGCGUGAUGUUCUUGACCAGACUACACCCAGCACCAAUGCCUACGCCGUCUAUACCACCGCUCAGGCUGCUCGCAAGGCCGCUGCUGCGUUGAAUGGUACUGUUGUUCUUGACCGCCACCUGCGAGUCGACAGCAUUGCGCACCCGGCUGCGAUUGACAACAAGCGCUGUGUUUUCGUGGGCAACUUGGAUUUCAUGGACCAGGAGGGCCCUGCCGAGGACGAGUCUGGCAAGAAGAAGAAGGUCCGCGCUCCGGCCGAUGUUGAAGAGGGUCUCUGGCGCACCUUCAAUGAGCACACGGGAGGCAAGGGCAACAACAAGAGUGUCGAGUCCGUUCGUGUGAUCCGUGAUAGCAACACCCGUGUCGGCAAAGGCUUUGCCUACGUCCAAUUCUACGACGGCAACGGAGUUGAGGAGGCUCUUCUGCUCAACGAGAAGAAGUUCCCUCCCAUGCUGCCCCGCAAAUUGCGUGUCACCCGUGCCAGGAAGAUGAUGAAGAAGCGUGAUGACAACAAGGACUCACGCAAGGGAGAUCUUGCCCAGAAGACUCUGCAGGGUCGUGCUGGCAAGCUGCUUGGUCGCGCUGGUGCAGCCAAGCUGAAGGAUGCUAGCAAGGGUGGUAUCGCCGGCAACUCCUUUGUCUUUGAGGGCCACCGUGCCACAGAGGGAUCCUCGACCAUCAAGGUCAAGACGAAGAGCCGAGGCUCCAAGGGCAAGCCUAAGGGCCGUAGCAGCAAGCGUGCUGCCGCAUACCGGGCUGCUGGUGGACAGAAGCCUUAA